AUGACCUCGUCAUCCUGCUCUGUGAUGCCGUCAAAUUGUACAAAGCGCUCAAGACACUUUCUCGCCACCAUCCACCCAUCCACACAGCUUCUCAACCCCCCUCCACCGCGCCACCCCAGUCCCCCCCGCCCCGGCUACGCCAUCCUCCGCAAGCGCUACGACUCCAACGACCCCACGGAGCUUACCCACGUCAGCGCCAUCCAGAUCUACCAUUCGCUGCAGGCAGUGCAGGAGGGGCUGGCGAGCUUUGUCAGCGAGAACUGGCAGGAGAGUACGCAGUAUUGUGUGGGAGGUCUGGAGGACUUGCAUGGGUAUGAGAUGAGUAGGGAUGGGGUGGUUUAUGAGGGGGAGGUCGAGAUUGAGAGGGCGCUGGUUGUGGAUUGGUGGGAGGGGGUGUUUGCCCGCACUCUAACGAAACGAAUGAGGCUUUCACCAAACACCAAAGUCACGAGCCCGAAACCAAAGCCCACAGCACUAUACAAUCCCACGCCCUUCAGCCCUUUCCCACCACCAAGCUCACUUCCGCAUACAAGCCCGACGAAAUACGCGUCCGCCAUGUCCGCCACCAACCCUUCGCCCAUCCCCGGCCCCUACGCUCCCGACGGCUACGUUCUCAUCCUUACAGUCUUCUCUCCGUCUUCAAACCCCACUUCCCAAGCACCAACACACACGCCCACAUCCACAUCUACAUUCUCAGUCAUCGGCAUCUACCACUCUAUGGUCGAAGCGCUCAGGGGACUCGACAAAUACUCUUCACAGUACCCCACUCGCAGGCCGACUAACGUGAACGAGAUAGCGAAUGGGUAUAUGCUUGAGGAUGCGGAGGGGAAGUGCAUGGGGAAGGUGGAGAUUAAGGCGGCGGGGAUUAUGGAUCGGUGUAUGGGGGCUUUUGUUUGA